AUGGAGUUCUUCUCCGACGAAGCAUUGGCCAUUUUCGUGCCCAUCCUGGUGUAUUGGGUGUACUCAGGCAUGUACAUGGCGCUUGGCCAGUCCAUGGACAAGUACAGGCUGCAUUCGAGGAAGGAGGAGGACAGCAAGAACCUGGUGUCCAAGGGGGAAGUUGUUAAGGGCGUGCUCCUGCAGCAGCUAGUGCAGGCGGCCGUAUCUGCCGUCGUGUUCAUGCUCCGGGGAGAUAGCAGCUCAACGGUGGCAUACGAUGAAGAAGCACAAGGAUCAACAUGGUACUCCUACCUGACAGUGGCACGGCAGUUUGCGGUGGCCAUGAUCGUGCUAGACGGGUGGAUGUACAUGUGGCAUAGGUACAUGCACCUCAACAGGUUCCUGUACCGCCACAUCCACUCGUGGCACCACCGCCUCGUCGUGCCCUACGCUUUUGGCUCGCAGUACAACCACCCCAUCGAGGGCCUCCUGAACGACACACUCGGUGGGGCGCUGGCCUUCGUCGUCUCAGGCAUGUCACCGCGUGCAUCCAUCUUCUUCUUCUCACUCUCCACCGUCAAGGGUGUGGAUGACCACUGCGGCCUAUUGCUGCCAGGGAACGUGUUCCAUCUCUGCUUCUGGAACAACACGGCGUACCACGACGUGCACCACCAGCUGCGUGGCAGCAGGUUCAAUUUUUCGCAGCCAUUCUUUGUGACAUGGGACAAGGUCUUUGGGACGCAUAUGCCUUACCUGCUGGAGGAGAGGCCAGGUGGUGGGUUUGAAGCGCGUCCCAUGCGGUGA